ACGAUUGUUCUUCUCGUAGUCGCUUCCGCUGGUCUUGAGGAAAAUGGGAACAAGCAGGUUCCUGGCUGCGGUGAUUGCAGCCCUGGCGCUGGCGGCAUCCACUGAGGGUCUCAGCAUCUGCACCACGCUGACCUGUCCUGAAGCCAACGGCCUCUUCGCGCACCCGACUGACUGCCACCGCUACGUCAAGUGUGCCAACGGCCCCCGCCUACGUCGGCCCUGCCCCGCCAACCUGCACUUCAAUGAGGCCUCUUCGAGUUGUGACUACCCGGAGAACGCCAAGUGUGACAUAACCACGCGAUUGGAAACCGAAGGAUGUUCCCUUCGGUCCGCAAAGGCCAGUCGAUCCUUGGCCAGAGAGUCGGACCUUUCAGUCCAGUGCGACUGCGACUGCUGCCUCAAGCCACACAAGGACUGCAACAAGUACUACGAGUGCAAGGAUAACAUUGCCUACGUUAAGGAGUGCGGAGGUGAUUUGGUGUUCAAUCCUGCAAAAGAACAGUGCGAUCUUCCAACCAAUUAUGAAUGCCCUAAACCAAUACCUUGCGGCUGCCAUUGCCGAUACCCAGUCGACGGGGAGUGCAAUGCUUACUAUGACUGCAGGGGCAACGAGGCGGAGAAGAAGUACUGCUCAGAAGGCCUGCUGUUCAACCCCGAUACCCGCAUGUGCGACAUCGCUGCCAAUGUUGACUGCCCGACUGAUCCUCCAACACCUGGACCUUGCAAUGGAAACGUCUUCGAUUCCGACCCUGACUGCAAGUUCUGGGCCGCCAACAACGACUGUCACUGCAAGUGGACGGAUGGUGACUGCUCCUGGCAGCACUUCGUCGCCCGCGCUUGUCCCCGCAGCUGCGCCUGCCACGACCAUGUGGACGUCACCAAGCCUCCUGUGACUGAAUACCUUUGCGUGAACUGCUCUACCGGCCAACAGUACUGGCAGCAUCCCAGCGACUGCCGCAAGUUCAUUCAGUGCGCACCGUAUGGUCCUCAGGAGAUGCCAUGUGGAGAGGGAACAGUGUGGGACCAAAAUCUGCUCACCUGCAACCAUGAAUGGGCUACCCAGUGCUUGACAGGCAACUUCCUUCUCGCUAACGGAAGCUGUUCAGGAUGCUCAGGAUGUACUCCUCCUGCAAAGCCCACAACCAGACCUCCUACCCAGAAGCCUGUCACACCAGGCAACUUCACAUGUGUGGAUUGCUCCACUGGCCAGCAGUAUUGGCAGCAUCCUACCGACUGUCACAAGUUCAUUCAGUGUGCACCUUACGGCGCCCAGGAGAUGCCAUGCCCUGCAGGAACCAGGUGGGACCAGAAGAUCCUCACUUGCAACCACGAAUGGAACACCCCAUGUGUGACAGGCAACUACCUUCUACCUAAUGGAAGCUGUUCGGGUUGUACCGGAUGCCCAACUGUGACCACCUCAUCACCAGUUGGCUGCGGUGGUGAGAAUCCAGACUGCAAGCACUGGGCUGCCAGUGGAGCCUGCACCUGCAAGGCAGGCAGUGACUGUACUUGGGCGAACCAAGUGGCUUCAAUGUGUCCCAAGACCUGUCGAGGGGACUGUGGGCCAAGUACUCCAUCAAUAGACGAAUGCAACCUCGUGUGUCCUUCUUACAGUGGUCUUUUCCCACACCCGAAGGCCUGUACCAAGUGGGUUCACUGUGACCACUUCACCCCCUACGUGAAGGACUGCCCCGCUGGCUUGCACUUUAACCCAGCAAUCAAGGUAUGCGACUGGCCAGAUCGGGCAGGCUGUACCUCAGGGGAGCACCAGAGUUGUGUAAUUCCCACUGAUCCACCGGUUACCGGCCCCCCUCCCACACCCAGCCCCGAAUGCACAUGCGAAUGUUGCCAUCUCCCUCAUCCGACUGACUGCACAGCCUAUUACUACUGUGAUGUGAACAAGAACAUUACCUUCUUCACGUGCCCGUCUGGGCUAGUAUUCCACCCGGAAAUGGAUACGUGUGUGUACCCUCAAGAUUACCCACAGUGUGACAUUGAGGUGCCUCCCGUUUGCGAGUGUGACUGUCACUAUCCCUCAAAGAUUUGCAGCGAAUAUUAUGACUGUAUCGACCAUGUGCCCGUGAAGAAGGAAUGCCCCUCCGGUCUCCUCUGGAACCAAGAACAGAAGUCAUGUGACUAUGCCGAGAACGUCGACUGCAGUAAUAGGAGAACGUAAGGCCUCGACCGUGUAUCAAGGCCGGGAUAUUCGAUCCGAAACACACUUGACUGACAGGAAUCUUUCUAUUGCCUAUGGUGAAGCGUCCUUAUGACCUUCUCUAAGAAUUACGCGUUGUGAAAAAAACAUGAACAAAUAAUGGGUUUGGAACAGAUAUUUCCUGGACAAUGUUUUUUUUUUUAUCAUUUAUAAUAUUGUUUUCAAAUGAUUAUAUUUCUUUGCCAAAAUUUCUUAUGGUUUACUGUUUUAGAAUUCUACUUGCAAUGCACCUCGAAAAA